AAUCGACAUGCUCAACAGGAUCUGAAAGACAAAUCUAAAUUGCUGAGAAGAUUAACAUUUGGACAUGCAACGUACAACAAAUGUGUGACAUGUAGAUAUAGGUAGGAACAUGUCGUCUCCGCUCAAAAAGAGUGUCGAACUUUUCUAUGACGUGGUAUCGCCAUAUUCUUGGGUAGCUUUUGAAGUACUUGUUCGAUACAAAACAAUUUGGACUAACAUAGAUUUAAAACUAAAACCUGUAUUUCUCGGAGGUCUAAUUCAUGAAUCGGGAAAUAGAUCACCGGUAUAUGUAGUGAAUAAGGGUAAAUAUAAUUUUAGAAAGGAUAUCCCACGAUUAGCGAGGUAUUACCAGAUCCCAAUCAGAAUACCCAAGAAUCCCUCUAUUGUCAUGUUUGAGAAGACUUCUCUGACCGCAAUGAGAUUUCUAACAGCUAUUAACACUGAGCAUCCAGAAUACACAGAAAAACUUUCUAGAGAACUAUGGGUGAGGGCUUGGAGUCGUGAUGAAGGUAUUUUUGACAAAAAUGAUCUGAUGACAGCCGCUAAAAUGGCCGGCAUUGAUGAGGUGAUAUCAGAAAGGGCCCUUGACAAAGUUACAGAUGACGGUAUCAAAAAGACGCUUAGAGCAGUGACAAAUGACGCUUUGAAUCAUGGUGCAUUUGGUGUUCCGACUAUAGUGGUAUACAUUAACAAUAAACCGGAAAUAGUAUUCGGCUCUGGCCGAUUUCCAAUACUUGCAACGUUACUAGAAGAAGAAUGGAAAGGACCACAGAACCACAUGUCAUUUUUUAAACCAGAUGAAAAUUUAAAUGUGUAGCAUUUAACUAACACUUUUGUUGAUCUAUCCACAAACUAAUUGACACAAUAACUUUUAAACUUGCAGAUAAGUUAGAUACUCUUUAUCUAAAA